GGGUGCGACCACGGGGCCGCUGCCUCCCGUCGCCGAGUCCGCUGCGGCAGGGCAGGCAGUACCGAAGUACACGCACGCGCAGUUCUUGGGGUUCAACCUCUUCACGGCCCCUGGCACCUCUGCCGACGGCUGCUUCGGCGACGACGCUUCCGUGGAGGGCUCGUGCUACCUGGGAAGCGACGAGGUCAGCGAGGACGUCAACAGACGGUUCGACAUAAUGCUCGAGGCCAUCGAAAGCGCCUUCGCCUCGGAGCAUCUGGACCGAAGCCCGACCACGCUCAAAGUCUUCACUGCGCCCGAAUUCUACUGGCGGGGCCCCCACGGGGCUUACCGUCCCGACCGCCCUGGUACGGUCCAAGUUCUCAACAAAAUUGAGCAGGUUGUGCUCGCAACCUUGAGCGACCCAAGAUUCAACGAUUGGCUCUUUAUGACCGGCACGGUGGUCGCCGCAAUGCCAGCAGAUCCGAGGUUUGUGCACAUGUCGAACCUACCCUUCCAGAACAUCAGCUACUACAACUUCGCUAACAUCCAUGUUGGAGGGAGCAAGCGUCAUCUGUUGGUAUUCAAGCAUUUUAUCAGCAGCAUCGACUUCCUCAAGGCAAGCCCGGAGACCUUGCGGCAUGACUUUGUUCAGCCUCCUCCAGGCAUGAGCCAUGAAUUCUGCAAGUUGCACCCGGACUCGAACGGCUGCCUCUACGACACUCCGCCACUAGAAUUGCUGGAAAAGUUUGGUCUCAACAGCAGUGUGAUUCUGAAGGAUGGUAUUUUUGAGGUCGGAGGAGUCAAGAUUGGUGCCGAGAUUUGUCUCGACCACGCCAAGGGUGCACUCUGUGAGGCGUUGGGCCCUGACGGGACCGUGGACCUGCAGCUGGUGGUUUCUGCCGGCAUGAACAUCGCCACGGGUCCAGUUUGCACGAAAGCGGGGUCACCGGUCUUCCUUUCCGACGGCUUCGCGCGCACAGAGCUGAGCUUGAACGGCUUUGGUGGCGGCCGGAAUUCCAUGGAGGUGCCGAGUGGCGGCAGGCGCUAUAAUGUGGGCAUCGUCUACGGUGCAGAUGCGAUCGUGGGGCUGCAGCAGUGGAUCGCAGAUGCUAUUGAUGCCGUGACUGGGACGGGGUUCGGCACUCGAUUUGCAGGAGAGGGCACAUUGCCAGGCGGCAGCGUGGCGUCUGGGGAGACUGGGAUCAUUUUCAGGCAGAUCAGCGCACUUGGUCCAGACUGGCGGCAAACAUUGAAAGGCUUCUACAACACUGGUAGCUACCACCUCGCUUCGAAGGUUGCGCCGUGGAUCGCCCGGCUGAAGCCGGCCUGGGACCUCCUGCGGCAAGAUCGCGGCAAGGUCCUGACCAAGGAGCAGUUCCUCGCGGAGCGCCCGCCGCCAGGGCCC